UUUGCAAAUUACGCAUAAUCGCAUAAAUUAGCUCUGUAUAUUGAUCUUGAGAUUUUGUGGUUAGCAACAGCAGCAUCGUAUGGCCUGACAACGAUCGCUUGAUCUGUACGACAAUAAAAUGCGGGAAUAGAAAGUUGUCUUCGAGUAUUGAAGAUGUUUUCGUAUUUAACUCGUGGAUAUGGAACUUGGGAAGGCGUCGCUAAGUUGGAAAAGCCAGAUUCAGCAAUUAGAACGGUGGCAGCCAAAUGGAAAGUACCAAAAGAGGAAAAUCAACUCAAGCUGCCUGAGGUGGCAAAGAAUUCACUUUAUGUACCUAAAACAUACACGACCAAGCGUGGGGCAUUGCUUCUAUACUCUGAAUCUUGCUUCCUGCCCGGUUCAAGGAGAAUGAAGAAAAGACCAAAGAUGAGACGACGCAAGGAGGACAGACUAAAAACUUUAAAAGAUCUCAUUACACUGAUAAUGGAAUAUAAGAAAAAUGGGUGUGAUCCAUUGUUAUUGGAACAGCUUUGGCAUAGAAUAAAUGGUAGCGACCUACAGCCUGGCUACUCCCCAAAACGUUAUCUUAGCCAUCUGAGUCACAAAAUAUUAGACGAAGAAUCCUUGAAGAAACUCAUGGAAAGUGGUUCGUUGAAAAACCUAAGUGUCCUCGAUGAAAGUUUUCUCGCAUCGACGAUAUCUGACGAUUAUGGUAACUCGUUAAACAACAGGCCUCCACCUUACAAAACCAUGUCGCUACCACCGGUUUCACCAUCAAACUCGAUGCUUGAUUCAUAUACAUUUUACAACAAUGCCUUCUCUACUGGUGCUGCGUCAAUGGUAUCACAACCCUCAAUGAAUGUUGAAACAACAGAAGAUCAACUUUCAUUGUCAGAUAGAACGGCCGGUACGUUUGUCGAGUCGCUUACGGAAAGAUUGGCCGAGGUUGACUCUGAAGCAGGCUUCAAACGUGACUAUGAAACUUUGACGUCAAAAGAAAAGGAAGAGGUUUUGACGCAUUUCUUGAUGGAUGUAACCCUCUAUGGUCAAAAGGAUAUUUCAAUGAAGGCAAAGAGAAAUAAAUCUGAGUCGUCGACAGUUGUUCAAACAGACCAAUCGUACAUAAAGAGUUCGUCAUCGAGUCCGACUUUUUCUGUUAAGCCGACGACGGGGGAAGGAAGUAUAGAAGACGACAAUACAAGACGAUACUCAAGGAAUAGAUCCAAAAGUUCCACUCCACAAUCCAGUCUUAGUGCAAAGAAAUCACAAAUUUCACUGCCACCUAUUUACAAUCGACAGCAAAGUAACACCAAUGAAGCUAUUGCUGGUUCAUAUAAUAAAACAUGUUCAUCUGAAAGUGGCUCAGGUUUGUCAAUUGUCGUGAGGGAUUUAGACGUUGCAUCAUCGAAUGAUUUUGAUAGUGAAAUAGAGGAAGUAAAUUUUAAAGCUGAUUACACUGGCAAUCGUUCACGAAGAAUGAAUGAAGAGAUAAGAUCAUUAGGGAGUGCAAAAGCCCUCUCCGAACAAUCCUUGGUUAAAACGCUGAGCGCAAACGACGACGAGUUGAUAUGCCAAAAUUCAAAUGAUAUGGAAUCCUUGAAAAGUCCAACUGAUGGUUUUCAAGCCAUUAGUUGUGAUGGUAACGAACAAGAAGUUACAAAUUAUGGAGAAAGUAUCGUUAAACGCAGCGAAGGAGAUGGAUCUGUCAGCAGAGAUAGUGUUGUAACGGUUACUGGAUAUGAUGACAUGAAGCAAGAAGUGACAAAUUCUAACUUUGAUAUUAUAAGUAAUAUCGUUGAACAGAGUGAAGAAGGUAAAUCUGUGGACGGAGAUGGUGUUGUGAGAGAUUGGGACGGAAAUAACGAUGGUUCUUUGGAUGCUUCUUCGGUUCGUGACGUUGCAAAACAAACUGUGGAUGAAAGCAACGAAGAAUAUUUAGUUGAUCAAGGUGCCACAUGUGGUUCUAGUGUACCAAACACCAACACACAAAAUAAAGAAGAGGGAAUAAUCGACGGAAAACCGCCUACAGUAUCCAGUAUUGACCAAGAACUACCAACGUUAUCCCAUGAUGCACCUCAUAUUACUUUGAGCAAUUUUCAAGAGGAAACAAGAGUAGUCGCCACGGAAGUACUAGCACGACCAAAAUCCGGCAGUGUACUUGAUGACGAUGCUAAAAUCGCGACUUAUUUACUUCUUGAAAGAAUGCAAAGACUCCUAGAUCCUAAAAUUCCAGCAUGUAUAAACAAACAGCACACUUUGCUCAGUGUAAAGUUGAAACCUUUCAUCACUCAACUUUGGUUUGUAGAUGAAAAAAGACGAGUAACAUCAGCCGCUACGACAGUUGUUCGACCUCUGGGUGAACUGAGAAAAACCACAAAGAAAGGAAAGGGAAGAACACGCUCAGCUGUGGCCGCAGUUGAUUUAAGAAAUCUUGUCGAUCAACAAGAUUCGAUGCAAAACAAAUGCUUCACUUCCCGUGUUUUAUAUUGUAUAUUCAAUGAUGAAGACGUCCCAACCAAAGCAAACGAAAUGAAAGAACACUCGAGAGAAGAUGAAGAAUCGUUACAGACAACAUUUGUGGUAGAAGAAACCACUGAGACUGUCGAUGUUAAAGAAAAACCUCAUAAAAAAGGGAAAUCUCGCAAAGGACGCAAAGUGAAGAAAGUUGGAAAUGCGAAACGAGUUAAGAAGGGAAAAAAGAGUCAGGACGUUGCGCAUGCGCAAAACGAGCCACCCAAAACACCACCUUUUCGUGCUGGUUUGGUGCCGGAAUCCAAACCGCCAAAAGGUUUGACUCAAAAUGCCGAUGUGAACGAGAAAACGAUUCAAAAGAAAGAUGAAAGUCCUGAAGUGCAAGAUAAGGUUGAGUAUAAAGCAGAAGAUCAAAUUAAAGUAGACUCCAGUUCUCCAACUGUGCGAGUUGACUCAGAGACUGGAGAGGUAGAGAAACGACUAUCUCCAGCAAAGUCUCAAUCACGUCGUGGAAGUAAAAAUUCACAAAAGGAAGAACCCGCAAUACGUUCUGAAGGAAACUCAUCCCGCCUCCAAAGUGUUUCCUCACGUGAUCAAACACCAACCCAAAGUGCCUCAUCACGUGAAAUGAAAGCUUGUCCACGUGAGAAAGAAGCAGCUGUGACGAUGCAAAAUGUCAUUACGAACGGUUUUAAAGCAGAGAACGCGGACAUGAGCUUGAAAACAGAGACAAGCGAACGAGAAAGAUCACCAGAAAUAGUGCUCACCGAGAAACAGCGUCGGGCAAAAGCGAGAGCUGAACAAAGGGCAGCUGCUGCUGAACGAAGAACGGAAGUCGAAAGGAAAAGACGGGAACGAGAGGAGGCCAAAAGGCGUGCUCAGGAAGAAGAAGCAAGACUAGAAGUUCUACGUAAAGAUGCCGAAGAAGAAAGGGAAAGGCGAGAGGAAGAACGAAGGAUACAAAAGGAAAACGAAGAACGAGAACGUGCUCGUUUGGAAGCUGAACAACACGAACGAUCGAGGCAAGAACGUUUGAUGAUCGAAAGACAACGACGCGCACGGGAGGAAUGGAAACGAAAGAAAGAACAACUGAUGGCAGAAAGGAAGUUUGAAGAGGAACUGAGAAGGGAGAGAGAACGAGUGGAAGCUGAGAUUGAAGAGGAAAAUAAGAGAGAAUAUGAAGAAAAAAUUGCUCAUCUCGAAGAAGAAGAACGCGAAAGAUUAAUGGAGGAUCGUCGUCUAGAAGAGGAGAGAAUAAAGCGCGAGAUUCGAGAAGAGGAAGAACGCCGCGAGGCCGAUAGAUUGAUCAUGUUGGAAGAAAGACGAAAAUUGGAAGAAGAGAUGGAAGCAGCGAAAGAACGACAGUUUGCCAGACGUCAUUUCUUGGAAAUGCUACUGAGAGAUUUCCAGAAUUUGUUCCUGGAGCAGAGGAUUUCAAGAUCUUUCACGUUCUCGUAUUUCGAUAUUUUACCGUGGUUCAAGGAUCGUUGGAGAGAUCUGGAGGAAAGUCGAUCGAGCAGAUCCAAAACAACGUCAACUGCCUUGGACACGGUCCACGAGGAGGAAGAGUUAGAUGUUGGGUUACCUGUAUAGGAGCUACGAAAUGUAAAGGUUACCAUAGUGAUGGUUCAACUUAAUAUGGUGAAUGUCAAAAAAAGAGUGAACUCGAUCUUUACAACAUCAAAGUUUUGCUGGCAAGACUUUUCUCGUAUGAGAUAGAAGGGGGGGGGUGGUGAACUAUUAUGAAAAUUUUUGUUGUCUCGCUCUUCAGACGUGAUCAUCUUUGCACAAGACAAAUAGUGAUGAGCAAUUGAGCAACAUAUCACUUAAAAGUUAGUGGUAGCAUUUAAAUUUAAGAUUUUUUAUAUAGCUCUUAUCUGACAUUGUUCUACAAAGCCGUCAAGGAGUUUAUGAAGAAAGUCUGCGACCUAUUCGGAACAAGCUAUCCAAGAAAUAUUGUCAAAUUUGAAAUUUUCAAAUGGUUUUUUGUCAAAGACGAUGAGUUGCUCAUGUAGGAGCCCCUGCAAAAAGAAAUAGAAACUGACACAUGUAAAAAAUAUGUUCAGCGUUAUAGCGUUAUAGCCUGAUAUUAGCUUCCCAAAAAUAACACAUUGGUACCGUUUUUAGGGACACGUCGUUGUCAAUAUAAACAUAAAAUAGUCACACUGUUUCAAAACUUUAAAAUUAUUUCGUCCAUAAAUUAGAACGUUAAAACCAAACUGAA